GAUCACGAACCGGUUCGCUGUUAGACGUUUUUCAGCAACCAAAACAUCGACGGUGAACUGUCAAAGCUCGAAAAACACGGGAAUUCGCAUUCAUAAUCAUGGCAUCGAUUUCGGCAAUCGGCCGCGUUGGAUUAAAAUUUCUACAGCUUCCACGAGCAGGCUUUCUGGCUCCAUGUCUCCAGAAUGCGGCCAUACAGCAGAGCCAAGUCCGCCACCGGCGCACCAAACAUUUCGACCCGAAGUGGAAACGAUUGCGUAAAGAGAAGUACGUCAAGGUAGACAUUCCGAACCUGAACGAAAAAGCGGAGGAAUUCAGCCAGGAACAGAUGAAGACCCGAAUGAAGGAACGGGGCAUUCUACCGCCGCGACCGUGGAUGGAGCGUCCGUUUCACAUCAGCUGUACCGGCGGAGUGUUUGAAGCGUACAUUCCUCCGGAGGGCGAUGGAAAAAUGUCCGCCGUAUCAAAGGAGGGUGCAAAGCAAAAGUUUGAACUGCUAGAAAAGAAAACCAAAUCGAUGAUGGCUGUCCGGAAGAUUCGAAGCUUCGAUGAUGAUUUUGAACCGCCGGAGUUUGCCGCCCAAGCGCAGGAGAUUUACAUUCAGGCGCACAACUUGCUGAUGGAGAAGAGUAAAUACAAGCUGCGGGAAAUCGUCACGGAAAGGGCCUACCCGGAGUUGAUGCAUAACGUAAACGAUAAGACCAUUCGGUGGAAAUUCAUCAAAUCGUUGGAACCUCCGCGAGUUGUUCAUGCCCGUUGCACGGAUGUCAUCAGUAAGGAUAAUAUUUUCGGGCAGGUUACGGUACGUUUCCACACCCAGCAGGUGCUGGUUAUUUACGAUCGCUUUGGGCGAUUGAUGCACGGGAGCGAACUCGUUGAAAAGGAUUGCCUGGAGUACGUGGUGUUUGAAAAACACUUAUCGAACGAGUACGGGGUCUGGCGACUGCAUGAGAAGAUCAUUCCGGACUGGAUGCCGCCAAAGGCGCCGGCCUACAUUACCUACCGGGUGGACGAUGAGCCACCGGCUCCGAAGGAGGAGGAGAGCAGCAAAGAAGUUACGGCUGCUGAGGCCGAGCCGGAAAAGGUGGCCACGGCUAGUGCUUGAUGAGGCUUGCAGGAGCAGCGGCCAAUGUAAGUGUGGUUCGUGUUAAUAAUCGAGAGAAUGUUAGAACA